AUGGCAUGGGCGAAGACGGGUCUCCCUGACGAGUACCUGCAAUCAGACAUCCGCAGAAUUGCGCUCUGCGAUUUUACUACACGUGUCUGCGCUUCCUUGAUACGAGCUAGACAUUUGGAUCAGAAUGUUGGUGGUGGCAAAAGCGGCUGGAGCGGACCCAAAGGCGGUGCUUUCAACAUCAACGCGCCUGGCCAAGAGAUCCUGCCACGAACAAGUUCUCUAAUCAAUGCAGAUGAUGAGAUGGAGCUAAGAUUCACCACCAGCUUGCCGGCGGCAGGACGUACGAUUCUUGGCAACGAGGCACAUCGGAUUUUGGCGGUCAAUCUGGUAGAGCUCGUCAAACAGUCUUUACUACUUGUCAAUCUCGACGAGCAGAAGCUCCAGCACCAUGUCCAAUGCGCUGAGAAUCAACGCAACCUUCGCCAGCAACUAGCUGCAAAUGACCUCGUUGCUUUUGUGGCGAAUGGCUCGAUGUUACCUCGCGCGUCAGGAGCUUCCGCCACACCCAUGACUGGCUCAAAUGCUGUGCCAUUCGUCUCUCCGGGCCAUCUAGCGCUCACAUUGCCUCUAGCAGACGGCACGAGUAUCACUGGUAUGGGUCUUCGUCGUGGAAUUACGCUGCUGACUGGCGGUGGCUUCCACGGCAAGUCGACAUUGCUGCAAGCACUUGAGCUCGGCAUAUAUGAUCAUAUUCCAGGGGACGGGCGAGAGCUCAUCGUGACGGAUCCUACCGCCGUCAAAAUUCGAGCUGAAGAUGGUCGAAGUGUGACAAGCCUUGACAUCACUCCCUACAUCUCAACGCUGCCCGGUAAUAGGAACACGAAGCUUUUCUCUACUGAUGAUGCCAGUGGAUCGACUUCCAUGGCCGCCAAUAUUCAGGAAGCCCUCGAAGCUGGCUGCAAGUCCCUGCUCAUUGAUGAGGACUCCUCUGCCACGAACCUACUGGUCCGAGACCAGCGUAUGCAGACACUGAUCAAGCAUGAGCCGAUCACGCCCCUCGUAGCUCAAGCGAGAGCUUUGUAUAGGGAGUACGGCGUCAGCGCCGUAAUCGUGAUUGGAGGCCUAGGCGACUGGCUAUCAGUUGCAGAUGAAGUCAUUGCGAUGGAGGACUACGUGCCACGAUCAUUGACUACCGAAGCGAAGAAAGUCGUGAUUGACUUUCCUACUCAUGUUAUGCAAGCAUCCGAGUAUGGCACGAUCACUCCACGGAAAUUUCAGGUCAACCUCAAUGGCAGGCGAUCUCCAUACGCAACUCGCAAGCGCUUCAUAGCUAUGAAACCACAGGCCCGCGAAGCAGUCAAUGAUCCGUCACAAGACGAGCCCGGUGUAGAUUUGGGCGGUUUAGAUCAGAUUGUUGAGAUUGGUCAGGCUCGAACGAUUGCACACAUCAUGCAACAAGUUGCGGCGAUGACUACAAGUCAACCAUUAUCUCUGAACCAGAUUGUCUCUGCUAUGGGCAAUGCAGUAGGGAUUGAGCAUUGUUUGCCAUCAUCUCUGAAUGACGGCGAACUCGUUGCAAUUAGGGUGUCGGAGCUCGCCGCCGCACUUUCGCGCAUUCGGGGUAUAACUGUCACACAAUGA